AUGCGGCCAGGUGCGAUUCGCGCUGUUGGUGGCCUCUCGACUAUCCCCCCGACCAUUCGCACAAUCGUUCUCGACCAUAUCAACUUCUGGCCACAUCUCUCCCAGCUCAUACGCACCGCCAAGCCUCUCGUUGAUGCUAUCGGGAAUGUCGAGUCACGAGACUCUGGGCUAGCUGACUGCAUGCUCGAACUCAUCCGCUGCGCGCAGGUUAUGACUAGGCUCGACCUCAAUGAUGAUGAUGACGAGGGUUUCUGGGGCCACGCGAAGAUCGUGUUCAAUCGUCGCUUCCACGAGAUGGACACAAACUACCACGGCCUCGCCCUCUACCUCCAUCCGAUGUGCCGACGGCUUGCGAUCUCCCAGGCCGCCAAUGGGAGAACAUUCGACCAGAUGGAGCUCACUGCGGUAACUAUUGCGAAGAAGUGGAAGUGGAACAAGGCCAAAGCGAAAGCUCUCCAGGCCGACCUCGCAGCAUAUCACCGGGGGGAGAAGCCGUUUGAUGGCGGAGAGCGUGACGCAUUGACAUGGUGGAGGAACUCACGCAUCGACGGACAGAAACACCCUCUCAAGGUCCUCGCAAUCACCCUCCACACUAUCGUCCCACAUGCUGCCGAGAUCGAAAAAGUCUUCUCGGGGCUUGGUUGCACUCAGUCUGCUCGGCGCUGUCGACUAAAUGUCGAGACUUUCGAGAAACUUGGCAAGAUCCGGACAAACCUUCACAUGCACCUCCAAGCACGCAACAUCGAAGACGGCAAGCCGGUGCAUCGCAAGCAUGCCCAUAUGCAUACGCGCACUGAAAUCGGAUCAAACAUUCAGCUCACCGAGGAGCUCGAGCGCACCUUCAGCUGGGUGCCACCAUUGGCGGCUACCAGCGCCGAGGAGGAUCCCUUGCAGCUACCCGAGGAGAUACCCAUGGAGGAGCUCGACCGUGCAUUCAAGGAGUUCGAGGACGAGCUCGAGCGUACAGCCGCAGAUGCGCGCGACAAUCUCCCGGCCGGCACAGCAGUUCUUGAUGGUAGUGUAUACAGCUUUGAUGAGUUGGAUCGGGUCGACAAGGGUGUGGUCCCCAAGCCUCUGGAGGACGACUUGAACGUUGUCGGAGAUGGCGAUGACGACGAAUGGGAUGUGGCAGAGAUGAUAUCUGGGCUAGGAGUGUAG